AUGACGGGGAAACAGGGCUCUGUGCUUUCGGAAAGUUUAAAUCUGUCGGAGAAAACCUCUCUGGGUGCAAAUGGAGGAAGCCACCAGCCGAAGAGCAGCGCGACCCAUCCGCCGCCCAGGUGCACCGGCUUUGGCAUCCAGGAGAUACUGGGGCUGAACAAGGAGCCGUCCGCGGCCCCGAGGAGCCCGCUGAGCUCGCUGCCGGCCGGGGCGCACCUGAUUGCCGCUAGGUCCUUGCUGAGCCCCGCCGGGAUGGGGGUGGGCGUCGGGAUGGGAUUAAUCGGCUCUGGUGGAAUUCCGUCGUUUUACAGACAACCAGCGUUUUUGGAGACGGUGCUGUCGGACGCACAAGACGUUCACCUGCAGCCUCACAGCAGGUCCGGAGGGCCGCUGGACACCAGCCAGUCUGCCAGCUCAGACUCAGAUGAUUUGUCUUCAAAUGAACGAAAACUCUCAAAGUCAUCAGUAAGUCAGAGCAAGAAACGCAAGAAAAGACGCCACCGGACCAUUUUCACCUCAUAUCAGUUGGAGGAGCUGGAAAAGGCCUUCAAUGAAGCGCACUACCCGGAUGUUUAUGCACGAGAGAUGCUGGCCAUGAAAACAGAGCUGCCUGAAGACAGGAUACAGGUAUGGUUUCAGAACCGCAGAGCCAAGUGGAGGAAGAGGGAGAAAUGCUGGGGUCGCAGCACCGUGAUGGCAGAGUAUGGGCUGUACGGCGCCAUGGUGAGACACUCCAUCCCCCUGCCUGAGUCCAUCCUCAAGUCUGCCAAGGACGGCAUCAUGGAGUCCUGCGCCCCGUGGCUGCUCGUCCAAGAUGGCUUACCGAUCAACAGACGCUAUUCUAAAUCUGAAUACCCGCAACUCUUUGCAGGGAUGCACAAAAAGUCCACGGAGGCAGUGGUCCCCCCGCCCAAAGGACAGUGUGACGUGGCCCAGCAGCCGAGCUCUCAGAGGGCGGAAGAAGCUGAGGCAGAGGAUAAGAGGUCAGAGGGCAAGUCCACCAUUUCUAAAGAGGAACUGAGAGAGAACAGCAUUGCUGCACUCAGGGCCAAGGCACAGGAGCACAGUGCCAAAGUGCUGGGGACGGUUUCUCAUGACAGACUGCUGGAGGGCAAACAGGAGAGACAGGCAGCCGAGGAGAAAGCCGGAGAUCCCCUGCAGAGUCCAGCAGAGGAAGAGAAAAGUCCGUAG